CCUGAUGGCAGGCGUUGACGCUAAAUACAGAUUCAGUAUCAUACGUAGAACACAGUUGUGAUAAAUUAAUUUUUUAAAAAUCAUUUCAACAAUCGCUUGUAAAAAUGAUAGUUGAACCUUAGAGAUACCAAAUGUGUCCAAUGCCUUACUAACAUAAGCUGUCGAUCUAAUUACUCGUAUUUCAAGACAGUAUGAAAGCGCCCUUUAAUGUGAACAAGGGAAAUUGCCAACGUAUAAAUUCACAUCACCCAAAGGAACACGUUCAGCACAAUUUGUUCCUGACACGACAAAUAAAGGUAAAUGUGUUUAUACGGGUCAUGGGAGAAGGGCUGCUGAGUGACGUUUCUGGUACACAACUGGGUCAGCUGUCCUCUCUCAGGUCCGCAGUGCUGUUUCAUAAUAGGAGUCGCCUCACUGGGUUGAAGGUAAAUUGCGUUAUCGCUGACUUGAUACAAUGUCCGGAAGAGGCAAGGGAGGCAAAGGUUUGGGUAAAGGGGGUGCCAAGCGUCACCGUAAGGUUCUUCGGGACAACAUCCAGGGCAUCACCAAGCCAGCCAUCCGCCGUCUGGCUCGACGUGGUGGAGUUAAGCGCAUCUCCGGUCUCAUCUACGAGGAGACUCGCGGUGUUCUCAAGGUCUUCCUUGAAAACGUCAUCCGGGACGCCGUAACCUACACGGAACAUGCUAAGAGGAAGACGGUGACCGCUAUGGAUGUCGUGUAUGCUCUCAAGCGACAGGGACGCACUCUCUACGGCUUCGGCGGCUGAGCUCUCCAUCCGGCUCCUAGGCAACACAAAGGUCCUUUUAAGGGCCACA